AUGACCACGGGCACAAAGCGGCGUACUCUUCGCAGCACAUCUCUCGCCACGACGGACAUCCGGAGGUCGUGCAUGUCCAUGGGGGCACACCCUAAGUACGAAUUUGAAUACAAAGUGGAGGAUCACCAUACUGGUGACAUCAAGUCUCAGCAUGAGACCCGCGAUGGUGACGUCGUUAAAGGAUAUUACGCCCUACACCAGCCUGAUGGCUCUGAAAGAUCCGUACAUUAUCACGGCGAUCACCAUACUGGUUUCCACGCUGACGUGAAAAUCGGCACCCAUCAUCUCAUUGUACGGUUAAAUGGGCUUCCAACUUACGUGGUAGUCAACAUGGUGGCCGUGGCCGUGUACAGUUUCCGGGUGACCAUCGUGUUUGGAGAAAUGAGCGGAAGAGUAUGCUACCCCAUAGCUACUGGCAUUUUCGAAUUGCGCUAUAAAAGCGGCAAUGACAGCCAUGACGGUGUAUUCCACACGGCGGACGGUACCGUCGGGUUCGUGCAGGCUGUAGAAUCCGGUUACAUGGUCUCCCUCACGUGCCUCGUGCUGGGACUUGAUGUCACCAGUGGAUUCUUAGCACCCUUUGCUCUGCUGGUUGUCCGACUGCUGUCGUGGCCGUGCCUGGCAGAGCUGCUGGAGACUAAGGGCCAUAUCUGUGAAUCGUGCUGCAUGAAGUAUAAUCCCAAUAAAGCCAUCAUGUCUAAAUUUUAUCCACAGAUAUUAUGUUUUGCUGCCUGCAUUACCGCCGCAGUAGCACAAUUCGGAUAUGAGCAUGGGCACGGCUUAGCGUUCUCCUCCAAUCACAUCUCCAAGCACGACGGUCAUCCGGAAAUUGUCCACGGGCACGGUCACCAUAUUGACUAUCAUACGCACCCUCAUUACACUUUUGAGUACAAAGUGGAGGAUCAUCACACUGGUGAUAUGAAGUCCCAGCAUGAGACGCGUGAUGGCGACGUUGUAAAGGGCGUGUACUCGCUGCACCAACCAGAUGGCUCCGAAAGAUCCGUGCAUUACCACGGCGAUCACCACACUGGAUUCCAUGCCGAUGUAAAAUACGCAACACACCAUAUUAUCAUCGCUUUAAGCGCUGUAUUGGCGGUCUCAUCCGCUGGAUUAGUGCCAGCAGCGCACUACUCAUCAGCCGCUGCUGUAUCUUCCCAAAGCAUCGUGCGUCACGACCAGGGCCAUGGCAUUGCUGCUGCACCCAUCGCAUACAACGCGGCUCCCUUAGCUUACUCCGCUCCCGUCGCCUACACCUCCCCAGCCCGCAUCUCCGGUCACGGUGCUGUUUCCUCUCAAAACAUCGUUCGUCACGACCAAGGACAUAGGGCUAUUGCCGUAGCCACCCCUGUCUCAUACGCCGCCGCUCCUGUGGCUUACGCCGCACCUCGUUACUCCGGCCACGGUGCCGUCUCAUCCCAAAACAUUGUGCGUCACAACCAAGGCUACGGCUCUAUCGGUGUCGCUGCUGCCCCUCUCGCAUACGCUGCACCAGCGCGCGUUGCUAUCUCCCACUCUGCUCCUCUUAUCCACGCUGCUCCCAUUGUACACGCCGCUCCCGCCCACGGUAUCAUCGCCGCUCACCAGCCAGAACCCUAUGACGCACACCCCAGCUACGACUUCUCCUACUCCGUAGCUGACGGUCACACCGGCGACAACAAGUCCCAGCACGAGAGCCGCGACGGUGACGUCGUACAUGGCGAGUACUCCCUGGUCGAGGCCGACGGUUCAGUACGCAGAGUCGAGUACUCCGCCGACGCACACAGCGGAUUCAACGCCGUGGUCCACCGCUCUGCACCUUCAGUUCACGCUGCACCUGUAGCGCAUGCGCCAGCACAUCUAAAAUGGUUGUUUUACUUGCAGAUCAUCGCUUUAAGCGCUGUAUUGGCGGUCACAUCCGCUGGACUAGUGCCAGCAGUGCACUAUUCAUCAGCCGCUGCUGUUUCUUCUCAAAGCAUCGUGCGUCACGACCAGAGCCAUGGCAUUGCUGCAGCACCCAUCGCAUACAACGCGGCUCCCUUGGCUUAUUCCGCACCCGUUGCCUACGCCUCCCCAGCCCGCAUCUCCGGUCACGCUGCUGUUUCUUCUCAAAACAUCGUUCGUCACGACCAAGGACAUAGGGCUAUUGCCGUAGCCACUCCUGUCUCAUACGCCGCCGCACCUGUGGCGUACGCAGCACCUCGUUACUACGCUGCUCCCAUCGUACACGCCGCUCCCGCCCACGGUAUCAUCGCCGCUCACCAGCCAGAACCCUAUGACGCACACCCCAGCUACGACUUCUCCUACUCCGUAGCUGACGGUCACACCGGCGACAACAAGUCCCAGCACGAGAGCCGCGACGGUGACGUCGUACAUGGCGAGUACUCCCUGGUCGAGGCCGACGGUUCAGUACGCAGAGUCGAGUACUCCGCCGACGCUCACAGCGGCUUCAACGCCGUGGUCCACCGCUCAGCACCUUCGGUUCACGCUGCACCUGUUGCGCCACCCAUCGCAUACAACGCGGCUCCCUUAGCUUACUCCGCUCCCGUUGCCUAUGCCUCUCCUGCCCCUGUACCUCUCGCAUACGCUGCACCUCGCGUUGCCAUCUCCCACUCUGCUCCUCUAAUCCACGCUGCUCCCAUCGUACACGCCGCUCCCGCCCACGGCAUCAUCGCCGCUCACCAGCCAGAACCCUAUGACGCUCACCCCAGCUACGACUUCUCCUACUCCGUAGCUGACGGUCACACCGGCGACAACAAGUCCCAGCACGAGAGCCGCGACGGUGAUGUCGUACAUGGUGAAUACUCUCUAGUCGAGGCUGACGGUUCCGUACGCAGGGUCGAGUACUCCGCCGAUGCACACAGCGGCUUCAACGCCGUGGUCCACCGCACCGCUCCCACCGUCCACGCUGCACCAGCACAUAGGGCUAUUGCCGUAGCCACCCCUGUCUCAUACGCCGCCGCUCCUGUGGCCUACGCCGCAUCUAGUUACUCCGGCCACGGUGCCGUCUCAUCCCAAAACAUUGUGCGUCACAACCAAGGCUACGGCUCUAUCGGCGUCGCUGCUGCCCCUCUCGCAUAUGCUGCACCGCGCGUUGCUAUAUCCCACUCUGCCCCUCUUAUCCACGCUGCUCCCAUCGUACACGCCGCUCCCGCUCACGGUAUCAUCUCCGCCCACCAGCCAGAACCCUUUAACACUCACCCCAGCUACGACUUCUCUUACUCCGUAGCUGACGGUCACACCGGUGACAACAAGUCCCAGCACGAGAGCCGCGACGGUGACGUCGUACAUGGCGAGUACUCUCUGGUCGAGGCCGACGGUUCCGUACGCAGAGUCGAGUACUCCGCUGACGCACACAGCGGCUUCAACGCCGUGGUCCACCGCUCCGCACCCUCAGUUCACGCUGCACCUGUCGCCUAUGCUGCUCCAGUAGCCUACUCUGCCCCCAUUUCUUACGCCGCUGCCCCUCUCGCAUACGCUGCACCAGCACGUGUUGCUAUCUCCCACUCUGCUCCUCUUAUCCACGCUGCUCCCAUCGUACACGCCGCUCCCGCUCACGGUAUCAUCGCCGCUCACCAGCCAGAACCCUAUGACGCACACCCCAGCUACGACUUCUCCUACUCCGUAGCUGACGGUCACACCGGCGACAACAAGUCCCAGCACGAGAGCCGCGACGGUGACGUCGUACAUGGCGAGUACUCCCUGGUGGAGGCCGACGGUUCCGUACGCAGAGUAGAGUACUCCGCCGACGCACACAGCGGCUUCAACGCCGUGGUCCACCGCUCCGCACCCUCAGUUCACGCCGCCCCAGCACCCGUGAUUGCUCACGCUGCUGCCCCUCUGGCAUACGCUGCACCAGCGCGUGUUGCUAUCUCCCACUCUGCCCCUCUUAUCCACGCUGCUCCCAUCGUCCACGCCGCUCCCGCCCACGGUCUCAUCGCCGCUCACCAGCCAGAACCCUAUGACGCUCACCCCAGCUACGACUUCUCCUACUCCGUAGCUGACGGUCACACCGGCGACAACAAGUCGCAGCACGAGAGCCGCGACGGAGACGUCGUACAUGGCGAGUACUCCCUGGUUGAAGCCGACGGUUCCGUUCGCAGAGUCGAGUACUCCGCCGACGCACACAGCGGCUUCAACGCAGUGGUCCACCGCUCCGCACCCUCAGUUAAAGCUAUUGCCGUAGCCGCACCUGUCUCAUACGCCGCCGCUCCUGUGGCCUACGCCGCUGCCCCUCUCGCAUACGCUGCACCAGCACGUGUUGCCAUUUCCCACUCUGCUCCUCUUAUCCACGCUGCUCCCAUCGUACACGCCGCUCCCGCCCACGGUAUCAUCGCCGCUCACCAGCCAGAACCCUAUGACGCUCACCCCAGCUACGACUUCUCCUACUCCGUAGCUGACGGUCACACCGGCGACAACAAGUCCCAGCACGAGAGCCGCGACGGUGACGUCGUACAUGGCGAGUACUCUCUGGUCGAGGCCGACGGUUCCGUACGCAGAGUCGAGUACUCCGCCGACGCACACAGCGGCUUCAACGCCGUAGUCCACCGCUCCGCACCCUCAGUUCACGCCGCACCUGCACCCGUAAUUGCUCACGCUCCAGCGCAUAUUCCCCAAGCAGUCCCAGUCGCCUACCGUGCUGCCCCUGUCGCAUACCAAUCUUCCCCAGUUGCCUACCGUGCUGCCCCAGUCGCCUACGCAGCUCCCGCUCACUACGCCGCUCCCGUAGCGCACUACGCUGCUCCCAGAAUUGUGGCUACACAGCAAGAGGAAUAUGCUCACCCACAGUACGACUUCUCCUACUCCGUAGCUGACGGUCACACCGGUGACAACAAGUCCCAACAUGAAAGCCGCGACGGUGACGUCGUACAUGGCGAGUACUCUCUUGUCGAAGCCGACGGUUCCGUGCGCAGAGUGCAGUACACAGCUGAUGAACACAAUGGUUUCAACGCGGUGGUCAGCAACUCUGCUCCCAACGCGCACGCCGCUCCUGCCCCCACUCAUGUCCUUGCCCACCAUUAA